AUGGAAAAAAGAAAAUCAUAUGCUAAAGGCCGUAGUGAUUACUUACCUACCGAUACAGAAAUUGAUGAAAUAAUCGAGUCUUGCAUUCUUGAAAAUACUUAUGGAAGCGAUUAUACUCCUUCAUCAUUAGUUAACGCAUAUAAUUGUUUGAGUAAUUAUAUUUACAAACAUCUGGGUGGUAGUGAGAAAUUCAUAAUUAACAAUAAAAAUGAAUUUCCUUUAUUGUGGGAAGUUCUUAAUGGUAAAAUGAAGGUUUUGAAGCAAUCCAGAAAGACUACCAAACAUCACGAUCCAUUGUCACCUGAUGAAUUAAGGACAAUAUUUAAUCAUGAGGCUCUUGGUGAACAUAGUCAAAUGAAGAUUAUACAAUUCACUUUUCUUGACAAUGGAGGAAUUCAGUUUACGAAAUUUUCUCAGAAAAAUGAUCCUAGUGGUAUCAAAGGAAAUUUGGAUUCACUUAUUAUACCAAUACCAGCAGAUCCAGAAGGAUAUUUGGGGCCUGUUCAUGAUAUUAAGCUUUAUUUAAGCAAAAGACCCACGAAUUGUGCAUGUCAAUUCCUUUAUCUUAAAAUUAAUAAAAAUAUUCAUAGAAGAACUAUACCAAUUACACAUUUAUUUCAUGAGGGUAUUCUGAUUGUUACCUCAAUGUCAAUAACUGGCCAUAAAAGCGAAUCAUCAUAUUGUAUAUAUUCACGACCAAGUGAGCAGCAGAAAAAGGAUGCAUUGUCUACAUUAAUUGAUAUUGUUGAUCUUCCGGAAUCUCAAAAUAAUGAAGAUAAUAAUGUUGAUAAUUCUUUAAAUAAAAAUCAAGAUUCG